CGCGGGGCGGUUUUCAGUCCUAGCAUCUUGCUCCCCUUCUGCUCUAACAAACUAGUCACUUUGAGGGUAAGGGACGUGGCGUCCCAGUCCAGCUCCAGCCCAGGUUUUGCUGAGCCAGGCCUGGCCAGCCUGAGGUCUGGAACGGGACCUCUGCGGAGGGAGCCCUCCAUGGCUGGACAGCGGGUCCGGACUCCUUCCCCUCGGCCUUAGGACAGCUUGGUUGCAGCAUCAAGCAAGUGGCUGGAUGGUUUUCGAAAAUGGUAUUAUAAUGCUGCUGGAUUCAACAAACUGGGUUUAAUGCGAGAUGAUACACUACAUGAGACUGAAGAUGUGAAAGAAGCCAUAAGAAGGCUUCCUGAGCAUCUUUAUAAUGACAGAAUGUUUCGAAUUAAGAGAGCCCUGGACCUGAGCAUGCGGCAUCAGAUCUUGCCUAAGGAGCAGUGGACAAAAUAUGAGGAGGACAAAUUCUACCUUAAACCCUAUCUGAAAGAAGUUAUUCGGGAAAGAAAAGAGAAAGAAGAAUGGGCAAAGAAGUGAUCUUGUAGUUGAGAUCUGUGGAUGUGCCUGGUCUCAGCAUAUUUUUAUGAAGUUGUUUCAACCUGAAUCACAAUUUAAGAAUUAUUUGUUCUGCAGAUGCCUCACUUUAAAUAAAUGUGUAUUGAAGCCA